GUCUCUCGGGUCCCAAUCUUGCGAUCGUGUCACUAAGAAUAAACCUUUCUUCGUUAUCUUUCGUCAUGAACGCUCUGCUCGUCUUCGCCGUCCUCGCUCUCGCUUCUCCGAUAUUCGGCGACGAGAGCAUCGAAGAAAAGAAACAGGAUAAACGAGGAAUCGUGAACCUCGGUUAUGGAGGUCACUACCCGUACGGCGCCCACGGCCUCACCGGAUACGGCGGUUACGGAGGCUAUGGACACGGUUACGUCGCACCGGUUUACCCCGGUCUUGCCCAUGGCGUUGGCCACGGCUGGAAUCACGGAAUCGCCGCCGCCCCGUCCAUCGUUCACGGAUACAACGCCGCGCCAAUUCCCGCAAUCGCUUCGUACUCCCACGGCUACAACCACCACGUUCCAUCCCUUUUGACCGCGGCGCCAUGGCGCCUUGGCUACAAUCAUGCUUACAACGGCGUACACGGGGCCGGUUACAGCCACGGACUCAACUAUGGCAACGCCUGGUAAUAAAUACGAUCGAGCUCCCCGAAACACCGGAAGUUUUAGUAGCAACGAGCCUCCGAGGCUCGCCACUGAGCCACGCAAGUUCCGGUCACUUCGGUUCUGCUGCUUUCUUUGCGAACACAAUUUUCUUGUCCAUGAAAAUUGUAAAUUAUUUGUACACAUUUGCCCACCUGAUGUCUUGCCAAUAAAUUUUAUUAUGACUU